AUGAGUCGAAGACGUGCACAUGAUGGAGAAGAAGAGGGUUACGAACACCGGAAUCGUAAACGACGCCGCGUAUCUGAAAAUCAGGAAAUAGAAGACCGAUUAGAAUCGUUGAUAUUGCGUGUUGGAGAGCGCACAACCUCUUCGGUUGAAUCAAAUUUAGAAGGUCUUGUGUCAGUGCUAGAAGCUGAUUUGGGCACUUUUAGGAUAAAAAUUUUACGUAUAUUGUCUGAUUGUGCUGUAAAAAUGCCUGAAAAAUGUACCAUAUACACAACGUUAGUAGGCCUCCUCAAUGCCAAAAACUACAAAUUCGGUGGAGAAUUUGUAGAUCACAUGGUUAAAACUUUUAAGGAGUCUCUAAAACUAUGUCGUUGGGACUCUGCUAGAUAUUCUUUAAGAUUUCUGGCAGACUUGGUUAAUUGUCAUGUGAUAUCAGCUCAAAGUUUAAUACAAAUUCUUGAUACAAUGAUUGAUGUCUCCAAUGAAGAUGCUGCACCGCAAGUACGUCGCGAUUGGUUUGUGUUUGCAGUGCUUUCUACUCUACCUUGGGUAGGAAGGGAUCUAUAUGAAAAAAAAGAAUCUUCGUUAGAAGCAUUGCUUUUACGUAUUGAAGUGUAUCUCAACAAACGUUCAAAGAAACAUCAUAAUGCGCUACGUGUAUGGUCAGUAGACACUCCCCAUCCACAAGAGGAGUAUUUGGAUUGUCUUUGGGCACAAAUACGUAAAUUACGUCAAGAUAACUGGGCCGAAAAACAUAUACCUCGUCCUUACUUAAGUUUCGAUUCAAUUUUGUGUGAAGCAUUGCAACACAAUUUGCCGCAAAUAAUUCCACCUCCACAUCAUGAAUCAUAUAGAUACCCUAUGCCGACAGUAGUUUAUCGCAUGUUUGACUACACUGACUGCCCAGAUGGACCUAAUUUACCAGGGUCGCAUUCUAUUGAACGAUUUUUAAUUGAGGAACAUCUGCAUCAUAUAAUAGAAACUUACCAUAUCGAACGAAAAGACUGUGCUGCACAGUUGUUGGCAUUCCCUUUCAAAAACAAAAUUCCACUUGAAUAUUGCAUAGUGGAAGUAAUAUUUGCUGAAUUAUUCCAUAUGCCCACACCUCGUUUUAUUGAUUUAUGCUAUGGAUCUAUCCUAAUAGAACUUUGUAAGUUGCAGCCGGCCACAUUACCGCAAGUCCUUGCUCAAGCAACUGAAAUUCUGUUUAUGCGUAUUGAUUCAAUGAACACUUCAUGCUUUGAUCGUUUCGUUAAUUGGUUCUCUUAUCAUUUGAGCAAUUUUAAAUUCACUUGGUCAUGGGAUGAGUGGGAUAGUUGCCUUUUAAUGGACUCUGAGCAUCCACGUCCAAAAUUUAUACAAGAAGUUUUGUUAAAAUGCUUAAGACUUUCUUACCAUCAACGUAUUGUUGAAAUGAUGCCGGAGGGAUAUGCUAAACUGAUUCCCGUACAACCAAUAGCAAAUUAUAAAUAUGCAACGGAAGAAGGAGCAUCGGUUAUUGGCAUCAAAGUGGCUCAUCAGCUUGUAGUCGCUGUGCGACAAAAGUGUACACCAGUAGAAAUCUUCAAUGUACUUAAAGAGCUUCCGAAUCCCGGCGAGAACAGAGAUCAGGAAAUAUCCGAUUCAUCUUUUAACCCGUUGAAAAUUGAUGUUUUUGUACAAACUCUUUUAAAUUUGGGAUCAAAGUCGUUUUCUCAUAGUUUUUCAGCUAUUUCGAAACAUCAUGACGUAUUUAAGAAAUUGGCAGAGUCAGAGGAGGCACAAAUUUGCAUUCUUCACAGUGUUUUCGAAUUGUGGCAAAAUCACCAGCAAAUGAUGGUCGUCAUAAUUGACAAAAUGCUUAAAACUCAAAUAGUGAGCUGUUCAGCAGUGGCCACUUGGAUAUUCUCAAAAGAAAUGACUAGUGAAUUUACAAAAAUGUAUCUCUGGGAGAUUUUACAUUUAACAAUUCGGAAAAUGAACAAACACGUAAUUAAGCUGUCAACCGAGUUAAAUGAUGCAAAGGAGAAACUAUCGAAGGCAGAUUCAUCUUCAAGUGACUCAGAGGAUGAAAAUGCAAUAAAACGUAAAAAACCAAUAACUCACGCAGAUAAACCAACAGAAGAGGCUGUUGAACAAUUGGAGGAUCAAUUUGAAUCGGCAAACGUAGAACAAAAAAGGCUUUUUCUUAUCGUUUUUCAACGAUUUAUAAUGAUAUUAUCUGAACACUUAGUCCGCUCAGAUACGGAUGGACGGGAUGCUGAUACAGACUGGUACCGUUGGACUAUUGGGCGCUUACAACAAGUUUUCCUAAUGCAUCACGAGCAGGUUCAAAAAUAUAGCAGUACGUUGGAAAGUUUGCUUUUUACAUCCGAUCUGGAUCCACAUAUUUUAGAAGUAUUCCAUCAGUUCGUAGCAUUACGUGCAUAGUUCAAAAUGAAAAAAAAUAACUUGAUUUGAUUGCAAUAUUUAAAAGAUGUUCAUAUAAAAUUAUAGACUUUUUCAUAUAAACAUUUUUAUUAUUGAAAAAAAAAAUCGAAAAUGUAAUUGUAUUAUUGUUAGUAAUGUUUGACCAGUUUAUUAUGUUAAAUAGUUCCGUCUAUUAUUUUAGACUAUUCCGGU